AUGAAAAAAUUAAAAAUAACAUUUCCUAAUUUCAGGUCUAUAAACAAGUUCACUAUAAUAUCCCUAGAUGACCCCACACCUCUUUUGAACGCAAGUGGUUUUGAUCCCAACAGAAAAACCACCAUAUAUACGUUCGGUUUCCAGGAAAAUGCUACCGAUUUCACUGUUCAGAGAAUGAUUGGAGUCUAUUUGAAAUUUGACGUCAAUAUACUUCUACUAAACUGGGAAGAAGAAGCAAACAUACCAAUACUGGGUCCAGCUUCGUAUGGAGUCAUAGUUUUUAAUGUAAAACAGGUUGGUAGGAAAUUGGGAGAAGCAAUUAUAAAGUUGCAAGAUGCUGGAUUCUACUUACCGAGUUUACAUCUUAUUGGAUUCUCUCUUGGAGCUCAUGUCAUGGGCUACGCGGGUAGAUAUGUCAAAAGUAAAGGAUAUCUGAUAUCUAGAAUUACAGGUUUAGAUCCAGCUGGUCCUCUCUACGAUGGCCUAAUAUCAUUUCCUGGUUUGGACUCUUCCACCGCCUCUUUCGUAGAUAUCAUACACGGUAACCCUGGACGUUUGGGCACGAGUGAAAAUUUAGGUACCGUUGACAUAUGGCCAAACUGCGGACAAAGUGUGCAACCAGGCUGUGAAAACAACAGCAUUAUAAUGAAGCCAACAAGAGAUGGCUGCAGUCACAAUAGUGCAUGGAGAAACUUCGCACUAUUUUUAGAAGAACCAUUUUCUUUCCCCGCGAGAGAAGCCGCGAGUUGUUACAGCUGGAAGGCAGGGGAGGGAACUGACCAGAUUAUUUACAUGGGAGAUGAUAUAGAUAGAACAGCAAAAGGUAGAUUUUAUCUGAGAACAAAUUCAAAUUCUCCAUAUGGACUGGGAUAUGUUGGUACGAAGCCUGCAGAAGUUGUAAACGACGAUGGUGUUUUA